AUGCAGUGGGAGAAGAAGAAGAAAAGUGAGAAGACGAUUUAUUUUGUUGAAAGAAACCCAAAAAGCGCGAGGACUGUAAGAGCACUUCCACCCCAAAGGGUAAGGGCAAGGCAGAGGCAAGAUUUUACAAAACACAUUCUACUCUCAAUGUCUAACCUGAGAAGGGUGUUGGAGAGGCAACAUCGAGAAGAUGAAGAAAUCAGGCGCAGACGUGUUGAAGAAGAUCACGAGUUGGAUGAAGAGGAGGAAGAAGUUGUUUUAGUGGUGGGUAUGCUAAAUCAAUCAAGGCAACACCACCGUGGCUGUGCCCCAAAUGUGGAUAGACAUAGGCACUCUCGGGGUAAGAAUCUUUUAGAAGAUUACUUUAUCCCAAAUUCGUUAUAUCCUAAGUACGACGCUCUUGGGGUUUUGGGUCUUCUUUCGGAGCAAAAACUUACAGCUGCUUUACGGAUGCUUGCAUAUGGGGCAUCUGCAGAUCAGGUGGAUGAGAUUGCUAGGAUAAGGAAAUCAACUAUCUUAGAGUGCUUGGUCAAAUUCUGUGAUACAAUAGAAACUCUCUACACGAGGGAUUACCUUCUCAAACCUACGCCUAGGGACCUCCGAAGACUCCUACAAAAGUCCGAGGCUCGAGGUUUCCCAAACAUGAUUGGAGGCAUCGAUUGUAUGUACUGGCAGUGGAAGAAUUGCCCAACUCCUUGA